AAUCUAGUGCCCGAGGAAUGUCGCAUAAUUAUGUAACCAACCCGUGUUGUAAAAUCAGAGCCUACACACUGCUUGUGACAGAUGUUCGAGGCAUCGCCUGUGUAUCGGAAAGAUGGCAAAGUUCGUGUUGUAUCAGAAAUCGACAAAAAUAUUAUGACAUGGUUUCAAAUGCCCUCUUUACUCAAGGAAUACCCUAUUGAAGCCGGUCAUGAUCCUAGUGAAGAGAAAAUUCUGAGAGACCACAAUCACUGGCCUGUAGAGGUACUGAAGGCUUUAGUGUUCAAACAAAAACCGGAAAUCUUCAAUGCACAAUUGCCUUCCCUAAACUUUCCACAAAUGGAGAAAGACAAUCAGAGAGUCCUUGCCAAAGUUAUUCCAGGCAAAAAUAGAUGGAGAUUUAUGAUUGGGACACCCUGGGAGAUAUAUAGAAGUAAAACCGAUGAAUCUCUGAGAUGCAUUUUAGACGAGUGGAACCGGAAGGAUUACUCUCAAUUCAGCACGGAUGCUGUUCUAUAUGUGAUGGAUGAAACUGAUGAGAAAAUACAUAAUUAUCUUGAUGAGGAGACAAUUCUUGACUAUUUCAAGCUGAAAAAGAGAGAAGUGUGGGUCUGUGUCAACGAAAAUCAGGAGUCAUUUCUGAGAGUGGUGACAGAACUGGUGGGGAUUGUUCCAAUGCAGCUGAUAGAGCAUUACGAUUCGGUCCAAGUUGAAUCUGUUGAGAUAACUGGUGAAUAUGGAGAGCAGAGCAACACUGCAAAAAUAACAGAAACAAAAAUUGUGGAUGCAAACACACUACAGACGGUGAGAUACGAUGGACUGGUCAAAAUAUUGGGGGAGAACCCGCCUCCAACCCCCCAACCCGUGAGGAGGAAACCCUCACUCAUGAAAAGGACCACGAAACUGUUUGGAAAAAUAUUUCAUUCUGGAUAUUAAUAAUUAUGAAGGGAGGAGGAUGAAGAUGUCAAUUUUUAGAACCGGUUCAGGAUUUGGCUGUAUUUCUGUGAUUAUCUCACGGACCAGCAUCUUCAAGAUUAUAGAAGAAUAGUAAUAAUUUAUUUAAAAUUCAAAAUAGUUGAUGAAUGGUGUGAUUACAUUUAUUUUCAUGCAAAUCUUUCAACAAUAUAGUGGAGAUAAUAAAAUGUAGGGUAUUGAAGAAGGAUGAUAAUAAGAUGGAAAUACUCUUAGCUACUUCUUCAAAACAACCAUAAAAUUAUAGAGAAGCAAAUAAUAUUUUCAGUUGAAUUUGUCAAUUUCUAGAAAUUCUGUGGACCUCACGUUGUUAUAAACCACAGCUUUCUUUAAUAUGGUACAGUCAAAAUAAAUUCUGUCCUGUUGUGUCGGCUAGAUAUCGGUGUGAGAAUAGCCAAUUGCUGAUUGGGUUGGCGUAUCGAUAUAUACCAAUAUAAAAUCUUUGAUAACUGUCAUAGUCAGCCCAAGUUAAAAGCAGAGAAAGUUCGAGAGAAAAGUCUCUGCUUCUUGCAAUACUUUAUUAAUUUACGUUCCACAUAUUGACGGCCAAACACAGCCGAUUUUUGAAUUUGACAGAAAUGUUCCUUUAUGAAUUGCGCGUCAAUAUUAUAUUAUCUCAAGUUUUUUAAAUAUUUCGUUUUGAAGAUGAUAUAAAAGGAAAAGGGGUUUUCUUAAUACUCCAGUAGAAAAUCAAACUAGAGAAUCAUUCAUAAUAAUCAAUCAGCUGUCGAUUGUAUUAUUAAUGAUCAAUAAACCAAUCGACAGCUGAUUAAUUAUUAUGGAUAAUUCUCCAGUCAGAUUUUUUUACUGGAGUACUAAGGGAAUCCCUUUUCCUUCCAUAUUAUCUUUUGAUUGAAAUAUUAAAAAAAACUUUAGAUUAUAUAUUGACACGCAAUUUAUAAACGAACAUUCCUGUCAAAUCUCAAUUCCAAAACCGGCGGCGUUUGGCCGUCAAUAUGCGGAAUGUACAAAAAUGAAUUGAAAUGCAAAACCGCUGACUUUGCUCCGUCAAUUAUUUUUACAAAAUAUGGAAGGGAUACACAUAAAUUCCACAUGUACUUUGUUAAGAUUUUAUUCACCAUUUAUCAACUACUAUUCAAUAUUAUUACUUAGUAUUAUAAUCACUUUAUUCACAUUAGUUGUAUUUCACACGUUAUUUUGAGUUAUAUUGCACGUAACUACACAUUUUAACCCAUAUAAUCGAAUGUGAAACCACAGAUUAAAUAAGUAUUUACUACUUUAUGGUGGAACCCACUAGGCCUGUUAUCUCACAUUAGCCUAUGUAAUGUAAUAUUAAUUUAUUCGCACACUAUGUUUUAUAUCACUAUUACAAUGUUGAUUUGAAUUGAAUAAAACAUUAUUUCUG